UCCCCUCUCAGCCUCCGCUGCCGCUGCCUCCGCCCGCCGCGCGGACCAGCGAGCCGGGUAGCUGUCGCGAGCCCACCCGCCCGCCCGCGUGCCGGGGCUGCGGUGGGCCAGGAUGUCGGUCUUCCUGGAGGAGCUGCUGGGAGACAAGCUGGUGACGGGCGGUGGCGAGGAGGUGGACGUGCACUCGCUGGGCGCCCGCGGCAUCGCGCUGCUGGGGCUCUACUUCGGGUGCAGCCUGAGCGCCCCCUGCGCUCAGCUUAGCGCCAGCCUGGCCGCCUUCUACAGCCGCCUGCGAGGGGACGCGGCGGCCGGGCCGGGGGCCGGGGCGGGGGCAGGCGCGGCCGCGGAGCCAGAGCCCCGGCACCGCCUGGAGAUCGUCUUCGUGUCCUCGGACCAAGACCAGCGGCAGUGGCAGGACUUCGUGCGGGACAUGCCGUGGCUGGCGCUGCCCUACAAGGAGAAGCACCGGAAGCUUAAACUUUGGAACAAAUACCGAGUCUCCAACAUUCCAUCGCUAAUAUUCCUAGACGCCACCACAGGGAAGGUCGUGUGCAGGAACGGGCUCCUGGUGAUCCGAGAUGACCCGGAAGGUCUGGAAUUCCCUUGGGGACCUAAACCCUUCCGGGAAGUUAUUGCAGGGCCCUUGCUUAGAAGUAAUGGGCAGUCGCUGGAGAGCAGCAGCCUGGAAGGGUCUCACGUGGGAGUCUAUUUCUCUGCACACUGGUGUCCACCUUGCCGAAGCCUCACCAGAGUGCUGGUGGAAUCUUACCGGAAGAUCAAGGAGGCAGGCCAGAAGUUCGAGAUCAUCUUUGUUAGCGCAGACAGGUCAGAGGAGUCUUUCAAACAGUACUUUAGUGAGAUGCCGUGGCUCGCCGUCCCCUACACUGAUGAGGCCCGGCGGUCUCGUCUCAACCGACUCUAUGGCAUCCAAGGCAUCCCCACACUCAUCGUACUGGACCCGCAGGGGGAGGUGAUCACUCGGCAGGGCCGGGUGGAGGUGCUCAACGACGAAGACUGCCGGGAGUUCCCGUGGCACCCGAAGCCCGUGCUGGAGCUCUCCGACUCCAAUGCCGUGCAGCUCAAUGAGGGCCCCUGCCUCGUCCUUUUCGUAGACUCUGAAGACGACGGAGAGUCUGAGGCAGCCAAACAGCUGAUCCAGCCAAUAGCUGAGAAGAUCAUCGCCAAGUACAAAGCCAAAGAAGAGGAGGCGCCACUGCUGUUCUUUGUGGCAGGGGAGGACGACAUGACUGACUCCCUGAGAGAUUACACCAACCUGCCUGAAGCGGCACCUCUGCUCACCAUCCUGGACAUGUCAGCCCGGGCCAAGUACGUGAUGGAUGUAGAAGAGAUCACCCCAGCCAUUGUGGAGACUUUUGUGAAUGACUUCCUAGCAGAAAAGCUCAAGCCAGAGCCCAUCUAGUGGGCUCCGGCUCCUGAGACAGUAUUUAAGACACAGGCUUCUUCCUUUCCUCCCCUCUGCCCUGGACCUCUCCAGCGUGUCCUGAAUCACCCCAAGUGUCCAACCUCUGUGGUGCCUUGUUUCUGCAUUAACAACUCAGUUAGCACCCAAGGGUGUGCAUCCUCACAGUGGCAGCAGAUCCCACUGUGUUCGGAGACGGCUUGGGAUCGUGAGGAUGGCCUGACCAGCUAGCACGGAGACUGCCACCUCUCCUGGCUCUUGAUGGAGGCCCUUCCAGGGUCUUCUGCAGAGCAAGCAGGCAAGGACAGUGGAGUGAGGCCCUGACUCUGACCCUGGGGUCAGUACACACACCCCAAGCCAGAGGGAACUCUCCUGUGACACCUGUACCCAUGGGAGUUACAGAGGAAGGGCCGUGGCCUCAGCAGACAUCAGCUGAGAGCUGUCGGUGAAUUUGCUUUGUAAGGACAUAAUCUUCCUUUGUCUGGGGGAAAACCAGUGCAUCAAUGGAUUCUUGGGCAGGGGACCUCCAAAUCUAUAAGGAAACUUGUGGGUGUCUUUUUUGGUGGGAAAAUGAAUAGCCGAGCUAACAGUUCAUAGAACACUUA